AGCCAGCAAGCGGGAACCGGAGCCCCGCGCCAGAGCUGGGCGCGCCAGGUAGGGUUAGCCUGUGGUGCCGCGGUCACUGCCAACCUUUUUUAGCCCUGACCCCACAACCCGGGGCCCCGCGGGUCCUCGAGUUCUGGAGUACCCAGGCCAAGGCGUCCAGACAGCGCUUUCUGGGAGCUCCGGGAAGCGGGAAGACCGUCCCGGGCACCCCGCCUUCCCAAGAGAACGCACGCCCUGCAUCGCGCUUCCCAGUGCCUCCUGCUCCAGCGUCCUCUGGUCCUUCUUUCUGUCUGUGCCUCUGUCUUUGUCUCAGCCUCUCAGGUUCGCUUGCCCUCUCAGAUUUUUGUGGUCCUGCCCCUCAGCUGGACUCCCAGGUUCUGCCCCCUUCCCUGUCUCAGCUUCCAUCAGGGCCUCCCUUGGGUUUCUGCCCCAUCUGUGUUCGUCUUUACCCCUCACUCUCUCUCCUGUUUGCCUGGCUAAGCUGCUUCUUUGGGGUCUUCACAAGCUCCGAGUUCCCCUGCCCUGGCUCCCACAGAAGACUAGCCCAGUGAGAAGCCUUAGUCUCUGUGGCCAGGACGGGGGUCCUGGAACUAGUUGCUGUCCCCUUAAGCUGUAGUUUCCUUUUCAAUCCCGAGGAAAGAUGUGUUCCUCUCCCAGUCUGCAUGAUUUUAAGAGCCUGCCUGUGUAGGGAUAAUGUAGGGUGGAUGACUAGGUGCAGGUGAUAGGGUGCAGACGGAAGAGGAUGGGAGGGGAACUCUAAGGUCGGUCAAAAGCCGAGGAGGGGAAGGCUAGAAAUGACAUCUACUGGGCUUGAAGUGACCGAAGAGAGACACUAAGUCUCCAAUGGCUUCCCAUGUAUGGCUUGGGCAUCCACAGCUCAGCUCCAUCCCUGUUCACCAGGUUAAUUGUCCCCCACCUGUGACACACAUAUACGUCCACAUCUAUUUACUCUGUUGAUUUAAGCCUUGGUACCUGCUCUGGGGCCAGUCCCUCUACCUUGCUAUUUCUCUGGGCUCAGGGUCUCUCCAUUUCUUUCUCAUUCAGGAGACUUGGGGGACUGGCCCUUUAAGAACCAGAGUCUAGCACCCUGGGUGUUCACUGGGGCUUCAGUUUCUGUUGGGCUUAAAACUAUCCCAUAGAGACUCUUCCCUCCUGUGGUGGGUCUUCCAGUGCCCCUGCUCUGGAAAUCCAAGGCUCGCAAUGGGAGCUAGAUCCCAGAGCAUGUAGCUGCCAUGGCCUCAGCCACUAUUCUAUGAGUCUCCUAGGAGGUUAGCAUAGGCCCUUUGUUUUGUGUAGGAUUUGGCAAUGGCUAGUUGCCCUGCCCUCUGCCUGGGCCCCCACUCCCACCCUCCCUGCCCUUUUCUGAGUUUGGUAGGGACACGGAGCCCAUCUCUAGCCAAGAUUAGGGCAAAGCUGAGAGACAGACCUAGGAGGUAGCCCAGGAGCUUCUCAGCAUAGUUAGUGACAUCACCCUCAUCAUGACUCCUGAGUACCUGGGAAGGGGAUGUGGGAAGAACAGAGUCAGAGGGAAAGCUGGAAAUAAAAGGGAGCAGCCACUCUCUGGUUCUACUUUUCCCUGUUUGUCUGUCUAUCUCUCUGCAGGAACUGGCCCCCUUCUCAUCUCUCUUCCUGUCUGUCCUUUCCUGGCCUCUGUUUCCUCCUUUCUUUGCCUUUGCUGAGUUUAUCCUCAUCCCUUGAAGACCCUGGUCUGCUGGACCUAACCGUCCCCUUUGGGGCCAUGGGAUCACUGCUUGGGUUUCUGGCACUGCUGCUGCUGUGGGGUGCUGUGGCUGAGGGCCCAGCCAAGAAGGUGCUGACCCUGGAGGGGGACCUGGUGCUGGGUGGGCUGUUCCCAGUGCACCAGAAGGGUGGCCCAGCAGAGGAGUGUGGUCCUGUCAAUGAGCACCGUGGCAUACAGCGCUUAGAGGCCAUGCUUUUUGCACUGGACCGCAUCAACCGCGACCCCCACCUGCUGCCUGGUGUGCGCUUGGGUGCACACAUCCUCGACAGCUGCUCCAAGGAUACACACGCCCUGGAGCAGGCACUGGACUUUGUGCGGGCCUCACUCAGUCGUGGUGCUGACGGCUCACGCCACAUCUGUCCCGAUGGUUCCUAUGCCACCCAUAGCGAUGCUCCCACGGCCAUCACCGGUGUCAUUGGUGGCUCCUACAGUGAUGUCUCCAUCCAGGUGGCCAAUCUCCUGCGGCUGUUUCAGAUCCCACAGAUCAGCUAUGCCUCCACCAGUGCCAAGCUGAGCGACAAGUCCCGUUACGACUACUUCGCUCGCACUGUACCCCCGGACUUCUUCCAAGCCAAGGCCAUGGCUGAGAUUCUCCGUUUCUUCAACUGGACUUACGUGUCGACCGUGGCAUCUGAGGGUGACUACGGAGAGACCGGCAUUGAGGCCUUUGAGCUCGAGGCUCGUGCACGAAACAUCUGUGUGGCCACUUCGGAGAAGGUGGGCCGGGCCAUGAGCCGGGCAGCCUUCGAGGGCGUGGUGCGAGCCCUGCUGCAGAAACCCAGCGCCCGCGUCGCCGUGCUCUUCACCAGGUCCGAGGAUGCCCGUGAGCUACUGGCAGCUACCCAGCGCCUCAACGCCAGCUUCACCUGGGUAGCCAGCGAUGGCUGGGGGGCCCUGGAGAGUGUGGUAGCAGGAAGUGAAGGGGCUGCAGAGGGGGCUAUCACCAUUGAGCUGGCCUCCUAUCCCAUCAGUGACUUUGCCUCCUACUUCCAGAGCUUGGAUCCCUGGAACAACAGUCGGAACCCCUGGUUCCGUGAGUUCUGGGAAGAGAGGUUCCAGUGCAGCUUCCGGCAGCGAGACUGUGCAGCUCACUCGCUGCGGGCUGUGCCCUUCGAACAGGAGUCUAAGAUCAUGUUUGUGGUCAACGCAGUGUAUGCCAUGGCCCACGCUCUGCAUAACAUGCACCGUGCCCUCUGUCCCAACACCACCCACCUCUGCGAUGCCAUGAGACCUGUCAACGGUCGCCGCCUCUACAAAGACUACGUGCUCAACGUCAAGUUUGAUGCCCCCUUCCGCCCAGCAGAUACUGACAACGAGGUCCGCUUUGACCGCUUUGGUGAUGGUAUCGGCCGCUAUAACAUCUUCACCUAUCUGCGGGCAGGCAGUGGGCGCUAUCGCUACCAGAAGCCUUCCACGGCAGUGUGUACCUUACGGCGCCUCGGUCUGGGCACUGCCUUCUCUGUCUGCUACUCAGCCCUCCUCACUAAGACCAAUCGCAUUGCUCGAAUCUUUGGCGGGGCCCGGGAAGGUGCCCAGCGGCCACGCUUCAUCAGUCCUGCCUCACAGGUGGCCAUCUGCCUGGCACUUAUCUCGGGCCAGCUGCUCAUUGUUGCUGCCUGGCUGGUGGUGGAGGCACCAGGCAUAGGCAAGGAGACAGCCCCUGAACGGCGGGAGGUAGUGACGUUGCGCUGUAACCACCGUGACGCCAGCAUGCUCGGCUCACUGGCUUACAAUGUGCUCCUCAUUGCUCUCUGCACGCUCUAUGCCUUCAAGACCCGAAAGUGCCCAGAGAACUUCAAUGAAGCCAAGUUCAUUGGCUUCACCAUGUACACCACCUGCAUCAUCUGGCUGGCCUUCCUUCCCAUCUUCUAUGUCACCUCCAGUGAUUAUCGGGUACAGACCACUACCAUGUGCGUGUCGGUCAGCCUCAGUGGCUCUGUGGUGCUCGGCUGCCUCUUUGCACCCAAGCUGCAUAUCAUCCUUUUCCAGCCGCAGAAGAACGUGGUGAGCCACCGCGCACCUACCAGCCGCUUUGGCAGCACUGCCCCCAGGGCCAGUGCCAACCUUGGUCAAGGGUCUGGAUCCCAGUUUGUUCCCACCGUUUGCAACGGCCGUGAGGUGGUAGACUCAACGACAUCAUCGCUUUGAAGACCCCACACUCCUGCCCUGACAUGGCUGCUCCCGAACCCAGUAUAGACCCUCUUCCACGGCCCGGAGGAAGUUGGCUGGAGCACUGCAAUAACGUCCACCCCAUGCCUGCCCCCAGAGUCACUUACCCACCUACUGAUUCCCAGCCCUGUAGGGAAGAAGCCAGGGUCCUUAGCUGGGGAGCCUCUGCAUUGGCCACUAACUGUCCUUGUAGCUAUGCCCCAUGUUUGCCAGGCCUGGGACUCUGAGGGGAGAGUCAAGUGUCUACUGUGCUCUAGAACAACAUGGCUGAGGAUGGCAGGCCCAACCCCCAUCAGCAAAGGUGCUUCCAGUCCAGCCCCUGCCCAGGCCUUUUUAAUUUUUUUAUAAGUUACUCUGGGUUAGAGAGGAUGACUAUGAUGGGGAUUAUCCCCUCCCCUCCCUACCCAGUAGUUUGUCCUGUGGUUUAUUUUAUAUUAUCUGUAAAUAAAGUGUCUUUA